GCAGCCACUUUGUGACGGACUUCCUCGAUCGUUUUGUCCCUGAACUUGUUUCUUAUUCCUGUCCCUCCCUGUUUGACUGAUUUUAUCCUCUCACACCUCCAUGCCACUGUACUUCCCAUUCCUAUCCCGAUCAACACAGCUCCUCUGUCCAAAGCUCCCUUUCAUUCCCUCCAAUCACCUUGCUCGCUUCCGACAUUCCUCUUCUCGCGCAAGAUCACGCUCCCUUGUUGAAUGGACCCCCGAGCUCGACUCGCACAUUACCCAACUCCGUCUCCAUGGCCACACCUGGAAACAUAUUGGUGAAUCCCUCCACCUGCCUGCCAUCACCUGCUACCGUCGCUAUCGUGCCUGUAUCGAACCCGAGCUCUUCCAGUUCUGGUCCCCAGAACUAAACCGCCGUCUAAGCCAACUUGCUCUUCAAUCCAAACCCUGGAACGAGAUCGCUCAUACCCUUGCAUCUGAACAGAAAUAUCCCAUUUCGGCAAUGGCUUGUCAGCAACAAUGGUACAAAAUCACACAGGAACCCGUCCGCCAGCAUAGGAAAACACUAGCAGUAGCAAUGACAAACUUCAGAAGGAAGGAUAAAGAUCUAUUGGAGCGGCAUGUACCCAAAUGCGGAGGAAAAAUAGGAGGUGAAGGCAGCACCCUUCGGUCGGACGGGGAGCCAUUAGAUUGGAAGGAGCUUGCACGCGAAGUCUUUGGGUAUCGAUUUACACCCGAGCAACUACAGUUCAAACAUAUACAGCUCCUGACAGAGCGUCGUAGGUGGACUCGGAAGCAGGAGAUGACGUUGAUCGAUCUGAUCAUGCAACAACGGGUCAGUCGCGACGGUCUUGACGAGCAAGUCUGGCACGAGGCUGCACAGCACCUCAAGUUCCAUUCACCAGAAGAUUGUAAAAACCGAUGGCAACAGCUACAGGGCUACUUAAUAAGGAAAUACCAGAUUAGCAAGGCUGGACAUCAUUGGGCCGAGGGCGAGAUUUUGGCAUAUUGGGCCUCAUGGCGACGAUACGGGAAUGAUUGGGAUCGCAUCGCGGAGGCGGUGAGGCUAACGAGACAGGGAAAUAUUAGCACUGGCACCAACAGCGUGCCAUAUCAGGAUCACUCUUCUUCGUCUUUGAAGACGCCCAAGGAUUGUAGAGACGAUUUUCAGUUUUUGGUGGCACUUUCUGUCUCCAGGGGAGAUCACCUCGAAAAAGUGCUAGGAAAGCUGGCUCACAACAUCUCAGGACGGCCACGGAGUCACCAUUGGACCAAGGAGCAACUGGAUCGACUCAAAGGGGCGGCCUCGCUUGAAUACAAGCCAUGUCAGACUAGCCCAUCAGAUGCGGAUAUCGACUGGAUGGCCGUCGCAAAACGCGUUGGCGGCGGCGUUACGGAAUCUCAAUGCCAGUACCGAUGGGCGACCUAUCAAAGUCCCUCAACAGCGCCCGGUAUGACUCGCGUGGGACGCUGGGAUCAAACGGAAGUUUUGGCGCUGCAAAGGGCGUUACAUGACCUACAUCUUCUUGGAUCCACAUACCAACUCCCACCGCGGUUUCCAAAGUUCGUCCAACAAGAGUAUAGCCUGCAACGGAAGGCUUCUGCGAUCAGGACCAAGGCCAAAAAAUUGCUGGAGAGGCAUGUGCUCAGAUAUCAGGAGGAUGAUAUCCGGCGCGGAAUGAAGGCCUUGAUAAGUUUACAGGAUAUCGCGCGUGCGGAGGGAAACAGUACACCCAAUAAACACUCUGGACACCUAAAUACAAGCCUACGCACGGAGUCGGAUCUCGUAGGACCUCGUAGCUUUCAAGAGGAUGGCGAUGUCGGUGCGCUGAGCGAGUCUCUAUCAACAGACAAAAUAAUGUACUCAGAUGACGACCCGGACGAUGAUAGUGAUCUGGGGACCGUACAUCCUACAAUGUUUGUGGCCCCAGGGAUUCUCAAGACAGAAGUACCUAGGAAUGUAUCUACUUCUGGAUCAAAGAGGCAGAGACGCGUUGUUUUUACCUGGCAGACUGGAGAUGUGGAGAAGCUAGAGCGACUCGUGAAGAAGUACGGACAGUCAUCGCUCGGCUGGAGGCAGAUUGCGCAGGAAAUGUCGAUACCCGUACUCAAAUGCAAGGAUAAGUGGCGGCGCUCCUUUGGCGACACGCUUUAUGAAUAAUAAAAGCAAGCAGUUCAAAGCUCAGUCAUCUGAGUUUCUCAC